GAAAGAUUUUAUAUUGACAAUGACCUCCUCAUCCAUAUGGUGGAGGAACGUACACCGUUGUGGGACCACACCGACCGCCGCCAUGCAGACCAUCAUCUUACACGGCUCCUCUGGAACGAGAUCUGUGCGGCCAUUGUCCCCAACUGGGAUGACCUCCGAGAAAGGCAACAGGGCCAAUGCCGAGACACGAUCAUGGUUCGGUGGCGCUCAAUCAGGGACCGCUACAAGAAGGCCUUUAAUGAGGAACUUCGGCGCCCGAGUGGGUCAGGAGGAGCCUCAAGACACGUAUACCGCUAUUCUGCCGCCUUGGGGUUCCUACGAAGGACCCUGGAGAUGCGAAGAACAUCAAGCAGCACUCUUGCGCCCGAAGUUCCUCAGGAGGCGGUCCCUGAAGAGCAAGCCGCCGCGGGUCCCUCUCGCCCUGCUCCUACUGCUUGUCAGGAACACCAUGUUCCCCUACUUGUGCCCUCUGGCGACGUAACGAUGGCAACCAUGGCACCACUUUUUGAGGCCCUCAUGCGUCGCCAGAGGUCAGGUAGGAGCCGCCAGGCUAACUACGAAGACCUCACAAGGCUCAUGUAUGAGUCCUUGGCGGGGAUCACAAAUAGGGUUGCAUCUGUGGAGGAUCAUUCGCGUCGUCUUCAGAUGGGGGCGGUGUUGACGACACAAAUGAGUCCGAUGCAUCACUAUCUUGUGUCGUUGUUACCUGCGCUGGAACGCUUAUCACCCGACCAGCACCCCUAUGCAGUUGGGAAACUGACAAACAUCCCAAAAUCUUUCAGAUAUUUCUUUCCAAUGCUGUUGAGUUGGAUGUGGGAUGAAUUCAUCAUGCAGUUGUUCCCACAAAACACGGCAUGUCUCCUUUACAAUUAUUGA